AUGCAGAAGAUGGCAGAGCUGCUGGGGCUCGGGGACGAGUGCAGGGAGGGGGCUUCGGGGGCUCCUGCGCUUGCCAGCUCCUGCCUUGCAGACAACAGGCUGAACCUGGAUGUUUAUCCUGACGGCUGCCGCCAGUUCCUCCAACUGUUCAAGGGGCGACAGGGAGAGGUGGCACAGGUGGAGUUCCUCCGGCUCAGCAGCAACGAUCGCCUCCUUGGCACCACGCUGGGCAUCCUUCCUCAUCUGAAGCACCUGAAGUCCCUGGUGCUCAAAGGUGGCCAUGCCAGGGAUGAGUUUGGUUCGUGUCAGCAUGGCUCCCUGACAAGCUUGCCGCCAGAUGUUGGAAGCCUGAGGUGUCUCACCCACCUGGAUCUCAGCUUCAACAGCCUCUCCACCUUGCCCAGCUGCAUCCUCCACCUCCCCAGCCUCCGCGUGCUCCUGGUGAGCCACAACAGCCUGGUGGCACUCCCUGAGGGCUUUGGCUCUCUGAGCAAGCUGACUUUCUUCUCUGCUAUGAAAAAUCAGCUGAAGGACUUACCUCAGAGCAUUGGGGAGCUGGCAGUGCUGCAGGACCUGGAUCUCUCGGAAAAUGCUUUGGAAUUCCUCCCUGAAGAAGUUGGGAAUCUGCACAACUGCACAGAGCUGGAUCUCUCUGGGAAUCGCUUAUCAAGCAUCCCAGACUCCUUAGCCAAUUUGAAGUCUCUGCGGCGGCUGCACCUCCAUAGCAAUCUCCUGGUGACGGUCCCUGCCUCGCUUGCCAGCCUGCCCAACUUGUCCAGACUUGAUCUGCAGAACAAUUGCCUCCGUGCCGUCCCCCCUGAGAUCCAGACCUCACCAUUCGUGCACCUCCGAGGCAAUCCCUUAGGAGAAACUGAGCCAUCCCCCCAGGCUGAUGAAUCCAGUGCCGGAGGGCUACAAAGACUCUUCCUUGCAUCAGGGGAGGACAGCUUUACUGUCACCUCUGAAGGCUGCAAAGUGGUCCUGGCCUGUGGCAUCCAUUUCUACUUUCCACCGGGGGCUGCCUCUGACCCUCUGCGGAUCUACUUCCGAACCCUUGCACCAGACCCUCAGUGGGUAAAGCUGAGACACCAUGAUGUCCUGCUAAGUGGAGUCCUGGAGCUGCAGCCUCAUGGGGUCAAAUUCCAGCAGGUGAGGACUCAUGCAGGCUACCUCCUGAUCAAUCUGCCUCUGCAGUAG